UCUCCUUUCUCCUUUUAGAUCAUUUUCCACUUGUUCAUCAAGAUGGAAAGCUCAGAUUCUAACGAUAAAGGAAGUGGCGAUCAGUCCACAGCACAGCGCAGAAGUCAGAUGGACCGGUUGGACCGGGAAGAGGCGUUCUAUCAGUUUGUAAAUAACCUGAGUGAAGAAGAUUAUAGGCUUAUGAGGGAUAACAAUUUGCUAGGCACCCCAGGUGAAAGUACCGAGGAAGAGUUGCUGAGAAGACUACAGCAAAUUAAAGAGGGGCCGCCGCCGCAAAACGCAGACGAAAAUAGAGGUGGAGACUCUUCCGACGACGUGUCUAAUGGCGACUCUAUAAUAGAUUGGCUUAACUCUGUCAGACAAACCGGAAAUACGACGAGAAGUGGGCAGAGAGGAAACCAGUCUUGGAGAGCAGUGAGCCGGACUAAUCCAAGCAGCGGUGACUUCCGAUUCAGCUUAGAGAUCAAUGUGAACCGUAAUAACGGGGGUCCGAAUCCAGAGGGCGAGCACGAGCCGUCUGCGAGACGAUCCGGCGGCGAAAACAUGGACGACAGCAGCCAGAGGCAAGUGGAGAAUCCACGGUCGGAGUCAGCCUCCGCAAGGCCAGCCAGGGCAGAACGGGGCUCGACUGAAGCGUUAACUGGAGAAGUCCCCGCCACUAGAGGUCAGAGAAGGGCCAGAAGCAGGAGCCCGGACCAUCGGAGAACCCGAGCGAGGGCAGAAAGAAGCCGGUCCCCUCUGCAUCCGAUGAGCGAAACCGCGCGGAGAUCUCAUCACAGUAUCUCAUCUCAGACUUUCGAGCAUCCUUUGGUAAACGAGACCGAGGGCAGUUCUAGAACCCGGCACCACGUGACAUUGAGACAGCAGAUCAGUGGACCUGACUUGCUAAGCAGAGGUCUUUUUGCAGCUUCCGGAACAAGAAAUGCCUCACAAGGAGCGGGUUCUUCAGACACAGCUGGUAAUGGCGAGUCUGCAGGAUCGGGACAGAGACCUCCCACCAUAGUCCUUGACCUUCAAGUGAGAAGAGUCCGCCCCGGAGAGUACCGGCAGAGGGAUAGCAUAGCUAGCAGAACCCGCUCGAGGUCUCAGACGCCGAACAACACCGUCACUUACGAAAGCGAGCGAGGAGGUUUCAGGCGUACGUUUUCGCGUUCCGAGCGCGCAGGUGUGAGAACCUAUGUCAGUACCAUCAGAAUUCCGAUUCGCAGAAUCUUAAAUACCGGUUUGAGUGAGACGACAUCUGUUGCAAUUCAGACCAUGUUAAGGCAAAUAAUGACAGGGUUCGGUGAAUUGAGCUACUUUAUGUACAGUGAUAGUGAUUCAGAGCCUAGUGGGUCAGUCGCGAGUCAAAAUAUGGAAAGGGCAGAGUCACGGAAUGGAAGAGGGGGUUCUGGUGGUGGUGGUGGUUCCGGUUCCAGUCCUAGUUCCAGCUCCAGUGGAGAAAAUUCAGAGCCGAGCUCAGAGGUGUUUGAAGGCAGUAACGAAGGAAGCUCGCCGUCCGGCCCCUCGGGCGCCAGGCGAGAGGGCCGACACCGGGCCCCGGUCACAUUUGAUGAAAGUGGCUCUUUGCCCUUCCUUAGUCUGGCUCAGUUCUUCCUCUUAAAUGAGGAUGAUGAUGACCAGCCUAGAGGACUCACCAAAGAACAGAUUGACAACUUGGCGAUGAGAAGUUUUGGUGAAAACGAUGCAUUAAAAACCUGUAGCGUUUGCAUUACAGAAUAUACAGAAGGCAACAAACUUCGUAAACUGCCUUGUUCCCAUGAGUACCAUGUCCACUGCAUCGAUCGCUGGCUGUCUGAGAAUUCGACUUGUCCAAUUUGUCGCAGAGCAGUCUUAGCUUCUGGGAACAGAGAAAGUGUCGUGUAGUUGAGGUCGGGACUCCUGGCCCUUGUAGCUGGUAUAGUGAUGGGCAAACAGGAAUCGCUUGCUCUAUGUCCACUUUUUGAGUGGUGCUUAAUGUAAAGUAGCAACCUGAUCUAAGUCAUUGCUUUCCGAAUGAAUCUGUCCUUUCUCCAAUUUCUGUUCCAGAGUAAAAGGAAGUACUUAAGCAACACUUUAGGACGUAAAAAGCUGAUUUCACCAUCAGUAAGUGAUGUUACUGAUGACUUACCAUAUAUACUUGUCAGUUUCUCCUUUGUUAUCUUCAAAGAUCUGCCUUAGCAAUGGCUCUUACCUGUUUCACGUUGAUCUUUCAAGUUUCCCACGCCGUAGGAGGGAGGGGCGAAGAAAGUUCCAGUUCAGCCUAAGUUACAGUCCAUGUUUCAGAAGUGCUCGCUUAAAGCUGCACCAUUCCCAGGUAUCAGUUGGCACAAAUUCAGCUACUUGCUGAAUAUCAUUUGUUCACCUUUCAGACAAGGUGAUAUUAGACAUGUCAGUGUAAAUAACACUAAGGUUAGGAUCUUCUAAGUAUAUAACUGUCUCCUAAGCCCAUCACUGUGGCACACUGUAGAGUGAGCUUAUAGUUUAAUUGAGAUAUUUAUCUUGUGGAAAUAUUAAAAAAAAGCCUAUGCUUGUGUAAGUGAAAAAAAUCACAUUCAUUUGUUUAAAAAUGUAAAGCUAUUUUGUAGAGGCUCAGUACUUUUCCAAUGCACUGUUGUAAUAAUGCAUUAAAAAGUUGUAAAGUACCAUGCUUAGAAAUGAAAAAAAAAAAUGCUUUUUGUGAGCCAACCUAGUAAAAACACACCAGACGAAGUACCAGGCUGCUGUGGCGAGGGUGUGGACGGCAAGAGCAGAACAUAUCUGUAGGGUUUAAUGUAUGUGGGCAGCUACUGAGUCUGCACUGAGCACCAGUGGGAACUGGGGAUUUGCGCUUGGAUUUAGGCAGGAAAUGAAAGACUGGAGGAAUAAAGGGAACUACUCUGAAGAGUCUAAACUUGUCACGAGCACAGUAAUGCAGACGUUAACUGGUUCCGCGAGAUGAGAUCUUUGAUGCAGUAUUCUCCUUAAGCAGAUGUAGAUCAGCAAAUUUGGCAGCUUUGGUUUAAAAAAAAACCGCCGCCACCUAGCACAAGUUACACUGUUGUUUUUACAAGUCUGCUCCUCAAAAAAAAAAGAAAAAAGAAAAAAGUUGGAGGAAAGACUCUAAACCACUUUUAGCAUAGGAAUUGGUGCAGGUGAGUGUACUAACAGUUUGCAUUCUUUUUGAGAUUCGUCAUUUGAGGUACCGGUACACUUUCGUUAGUUAAUGUUUUGUUACUGUCCCCAACUCAGACCUACAUGUCAUGUUUAAAGACCCGUGGAAUAGUCGAGGGAUUUUUACCUUUUGUUGAAAGCGAGCCGUGUCGGGUUAUUUGAAACUCACAUUUUCCUUGUGCUGCCCAUAUUUGAAGCUGACACUGCUGACUUGCGACCAAUGGGACGUGCACUUUUUGUCAGUUCCUUAGCAGUGAAAAUAAAUUUGUGAAGUACGCCGGCGCUCGGGCCCGAUUGCCCUUUCGAGGGUGGUUGGGCCGAGGGUUAGUCUGCCCGUGGAAGCGCCGCGCGUGUGUUUCUGCGGAAACGGCCGGGUCCAAAGAGGAAUUGAGCACAUCCUUAGCCUUUCACAGAGUGAGCUGACUGCCCACGCGCAGUCGGAUGCUCUACAGGAUGCGUCUGCUUUAGGAGUUACCUGGUUACCUUAACUGUUAGCAACUUAGCUGUAAAGAUUAUUUCAAAGUUCACACUUUCAUGUUUUCCUCUGGCUUUCAGUCCUACCUAAGUGUCAAGGAAAUUAACUUGUAAAUAUGGUAGUUUACUAAGGAUAUGUCCUGCUCUUGCAAGGAAAUAAUGUCCAAACAAAGCUUCACUUAUUUUUUUUAAUAUAAGCAGAAAGUACUGUUUAUGGCGCUUCUAUAAUACAUUUUAUCUUUUAGAAAAAUUGUCCAUUUAAAAGUCAGGAUUCCUUUAUAUUUGUGAGCCUCCUUGUCUCUUUUCCUCAAGGUGUAAUCUACAGUUUUCAGACCUGCAGGGUAGUCCUGAUUGGCUAAAAACAAACCCAUUUUCCUCUUGGUAUGAAAUGUCCCGUUACCGUAGGGCUGUUCAUUUGAUACGGUUUAAAAACAACCGCAGCUCAUUCUGAGCAUGAAAGUUACUGACAAACAGGUACCUCCCUAACCUCCCAAGACGUAUUACUCAUUUGUGAAGUAUUAAAGUAAGAAGUAACUCAUGCAGAAUCCUGGUUAUGAAUGUAGAUAUUAAACCUGUUCAUGAACACUGGAAGUAGAAUUUUAAGUUUUUAGCCUUCAGUAGAAUGCACAUGUUGGACGCGUGCGUGCGGACACCUUUCUCGAUAGCACUCAUUAAUUUCCAUUGGAUUGUGUAGAAUGGAUACAAAUAUGUUAGUGGAAUUUCCUACUUAUUUUUUUUUUGCAAGGUCCAUGACUCAUAUAUACUUACUCGUGUUGUGGACACUGAAGACAAGGUCAUUAGUAGGUGUCAGAUGUACAAUGGAAAGCAAAGACCUUUUUCCCCCCAGUAUCCAAACACCUGUUCUCUCAAGGGAGCAUUUUCCUGCAAAAGACUUUACAUUUUGUUUUCGUUUUGUAUCUUUGCACUUUUUCUUUAUUAAAGAAAGGUUCUGUCUUCAAGACCUACUUUGAACUUCAUGCAGUCAGUCAUAGGAAUAAGAAAAAACAAUGUUGGGAGUUGAUAUUGUUCAAAGCAUAGGGAAAAGUACUGAGAACUGAGUUUCCAUGAGUAUUUCAGAUAUUUUUCAAACUUCACGCACUAGUCCGAAACGUUUGAGGUGUCCUGUUGUUGAAGUCCAAGCUGCCGACAAGGUCGGGAUUUAGUACUGAAAACAAAAGUGAACAAGUUAGGUUUAAAAUGUGUAGCACUAGAAGAUGCCCCAUGCUGUUUGUGUAACUGGGAAAAUGGCUCCACCGAGAACACGUUAGUUGCCCCCCGGUGGUGGAGGUGGCUCAUGGCGAUGGGGGUUGAGAACAGUGUUCACCUUAGUGUUGGAGUGUAGGUGAUUUUACAGGUAACAACGUUUAGCACUGGGGUUUCAUAUAUGUGUGAAAUCUCUAAACACAUGAUCAUUGGAAUUUAUCCAAACUUUAAGAUUAGGAAACUGGUUAUCUAUAACAUAAGUGUUAACUCAAGUAACCCCCCGCCCCCCAAAAAAAAUAAAAAUAAAAAAACUUGUCCCUCCCGUGCCAAGUACGCUCUUCUAGUGUCACCGUCUCAAAUUACGUUUGUGAAGGUUACCGCGAUACGCUUUGUAUUUAGCCACCUGCUUCCCGAAUGUCCACAGUAUGAAAUGGGUCAGGCAUAAGCCAGGACAUUGGGUCAGCUCCUGAAACGCCCGUGUGUUAGGGAGGUGAAUGUUGCAAACCAACGCCAUUUUUCCAGCUUGCUAGAAUACAGUGGCACCUUGUGCUUGUUGAUACUUUUAAAGAUAGAGGAUAUUUUUACCCCGCCCCCUUUUCUUCUUUGUUCUUUCGUGAAUGAAAAAUAUUUCUAAUCUGCCUUAUUUGAAUUUUGAUGUUUUAUCUUACUGGCUUCCCUGUCAAAUUUAUUAACCAUCGUUAAGUACUUAGAAGCCACGUUCGCAGGGCACUUUUAUUCUUUUCCUUGUCUUCUAAGACUAUGCCGAUUGCUACUUUCUAAAGUAUUCUGUACCUUCAUGAUGCAAGAGAUUGAUAAGGCACAUCUUCAAGUGUCAGGCGUUUUUUUCUUUAGUAUAAUUCUUCAGUAUGUUUAACAUUCAGUAAGUGUUGUAAUUCAUCGAGUUAACUAGUAAAUUGUAUGCUUUUGAAAAAACAUUCGAAACUGUAAACAUAACAUGCUUUACUUAGAAAGUUGAAGUGCAAGGUCCGAAGAAUGAGUAUUUAACUUAUUUUUAAAUCAGAUUUUUAAUAAGCAACUAAGAAACAGCUUUGAGUUCAGUACCUACCCUUUAAAAAUUUUAGCAUUCUGAAAUUGAGGUUUGUGUUUUGUUUUUGUUUUUGUUUUUGAAAUUGAGUUCUUAACUGGAACAUUUCUAAAAUAUCUAAUUUCCCAACAAGUGAGUGAGCUCACACUUGAUUUAAUUAAUCCAUUUUGUAUCUAAAAAUGCAGGAUAGAAUCGCACUGUUAUUGAAGCGUUGGGACUCUCAAGGGAUGACAGCAGUUUAUCGGUUUUAUGAUAAUUUUCACUUCUGUGCAGAUGUUUUCAUUCAAAUUCCAAGGAAAUGGGCAUACCCUCUAACACUCUCAAAUAAAAUUGUAGCCAGGUAUUUGUUUUUGAUUUCGUAUUUCUUUCCCAAUGAGCCACAAGCUGCUCUGUAGUCACUUGGAUUUGAGUGGCCGGUGUCUUCCGAGACACGCAGUGCAAGCGAAGCCCGCCAUACCGCUGUGCCUAGUUACUUCAGGGUUCCUGUCGGUCCCUCCUCUUGCAGAUUUUUCUCGAUACUAAGGUGUGGUAGAACCAGCUGCCCAGCCUUAACUAUUCAGUGCCCCUCUGGUGACAUUCUUUAACUGAUUGACGUGUAUGUGUUUUAACAGUCCAAUGUUUGGAAUUUACCUCUUGAUAGCUCCGUUUGUCCCUGGUGCUGCUUUCACAGAUGUAGGGCCACGUGAUCAGGUCUCAAGUUCAGUAGGUACGCGAUUGGCCUGGUUCCGUAUCUGUGCCUGUUUUACCUUCUCUCGGGAAGAGCUGCUUUGGUAUAGAUGUUGACUUGGGUUUAUCGAAAGAACUGGGCAGUCUUGGAAAGCUUUCUGAAGUCUGUAAGAAGCCGAGGGAUGCGGAGGGGAUAGUAACGAAGGCUGCCUUUAUGUCUGAACGUGAAGCACAUAAAUGUAUGUUCUGUAAAGACUUAACUGCUUGUUGUACCGGGGCUUCCUGACCUUGGGGAGACUUGCAGAAAAGCAGAAAGGAGCGCAGAGUGGAGAGAAUUCGGUCGGCCCGCUUUAUCUGGUUUCUCAUUUUCUUUCAAUUUAAACCUGAAUGUGACACCGCCUCCAAUAUCUGUCCGGCAGACUCCUGGUUGGGAAGCCCUGUGUUAAAUUUUGAGAAUGUACCCAGUUUCCUUUCUUUUUUUUUUUUUUGUACAGUGCUUUACACCUGCUAAAAUUUAACUUGUUUAAUGCAAAACAAGACCUCGAAAGGUCGGUCAUAUUAAAGCUGGUUUGAUUAUUAAUAGUUAUCUUUUAGGAAGAAGCUUUUUCCCUAUGUAAGAUGUCAUACUGCAGAUUUAAAAUAUAGACUAUCAAUAAAAUGCAUGAAGUGAUUA